ACAUUAUACCGCGUCACAUAUUCAAUUGUUUCUUUCAUGUUCCUUUUCCAACUCUUACUAAUAAAACAAUCUCAUCAUAGCCACCAGAAUAAAGUGGAGAGUAGGGAAAACGGUGGGGGUUGGUGACGGUGGUGGGGUUUAAACUACUAAGAAAUGGCUACCCAAUUGAGAGCUCAUUACUAUUACCAUCAAAGCAAUGCCAUGGCAGCAACAACUUUGACAUCAUCACCAUCAAUAUCUUUGAAUUCGUUUUCUCCAUUGUUGUUCAAGGGAUGUAGUUUCAUUGGAAACAAGAAGAUUGCUUCGGAGAGAUCCGUUGGUACAACGAGCUUAAGAAGAAAGCAAGGAAGAGAAUAUGGGGUAGUGGUUGCAUCAAGCAGCAACGUGGCUGCGCCUCUCUGGGAUUCUUGGAAACCUGAGAAGACUUCUUCUGCUCCUUCACUCAGCGACAUCCUUUGGCCUUCUGCAGGGGCGUUUGCGGCAAUGGCGAUAUUGGGAAAAAUGGAUCAAAUCUUAGCACCAAAAGGGAUUUCAAUGACAAUUGCACCUUUAGGGGCUGUGUGUGCCGUCCUGUUUGCCACUCCUUCCUCUCCAGCUGCUCGGAAGUACAAUAUGUUCAUGGCUCAGGUCGGUUGUGCAGCAAUCGGUGUUCUGGCAUUCUCUAUAUUUGGGCCUGGCUGGCUUGCUAGAAGUGCUGCCCUUGCUGCGUCCCUAGCUUUUAUGAUCUAUACACGUUCCACUCAUGCACCAGCUGCAAGUUUGCCAAUUCUGUUCAUUGAUGGAGUUAAGUUGCACCACUUGAAUUUUUGGUAUGCUUUUUUUCCUGGUGCUGCCGGAUGUAUCAUCCUUUCUUUGAUCUGAUGUGCUCUGUGUUGUCUGUGACCUGCUGCAGCAAGAAGUGGUUUGUUACUUGAAGGACAAUUUCAAAUUUUGAUCUCUAAAGAACCGAGUCACAAGCAAGCUCAUAGAAUUGUAUGGCCUCAAUCCCAUACGAUUUUCACACUGCAUAUUGAAAGGUAACCUGGCAGCUUGUCAGCAUUGUUUAUAUGCUUCUUCCAAAAGUUCACAAAAGAAAAGAAGAAAGGCUUGGCCUGGCACCACGUGCAACUUACAAUGCUAUCUGCUUUUACAAUGAUUGCAAUGUAUGUUAGCAGGAAAGCCGAGAUUCUGAUCAUAAGUGUGUUUUCUCCCAGAAAAUCACAAAAUACAGGAAACCAUACCAUGAGAAGAAUUGUUAUUCUCUAUUUUACUCCUUAAAAUGUUUAUCAGUUUCUCUGAAUUUCUAAUGACAAAUGAGCUACCCUUCAGCAAAA